ACCCUUCACACCCCCGCCUACUGCUACAUACAUUGUUUUGAAUCCUAUGCGCAAUGUACAGAUCGUGCCAUGAGCACAUCUCAUUGUAAGGGCAAGUGCUGUCAAAUACUGAGAGUAAAUAUCGAGGAUCAUCUAAAAUGAAUCUUGCAAAAUUUUGAGUUUGACGAGUACACAGAGUGAAUUUGAAGAUGGGGUGCUGCACGGGGAGAUGUGUGUUCAUAUUCUUCUUCGCUAUUCAGCUGAUCACUGCUGUGGAGAGACAGGUGUUUGAUUUUCUAGGUUACCAGUGGGCGCCCAUCCUUAUCAACUUCCUGCACAUCAUUGUGGUGAUAUUGGGUUUGUUUGGGACAGUCCAUUAUAAGCCCAGAUAUAUUAUUUUGUAUAUAGUCUGGACUGUGUUUUGGGUGACAUGGAACAUCUUUAUAUGUUGCCUUUAUCUUGAUCUCGGAGGUCUCUCAAAGGAUAGUGAUUAUCUGUCAUUGGGACUUUCCUCUCACCGGACAUGGUGGAAAGACAACAGUCUGGGCUGCAAUCAUGUAAAAACCCCAACCGCUAGGUGGCAGCAUCUAGACAGUCCUGCUCAAGUUGCUGAGCUGGGUUGCAUUCUAGAAUAUCAAUACAUUGAAGUCUUACACAGUGCCAUUCAACUAUUUAUUUCUGCCCUGGGAUUUGUUUUCGCCUGCUACACCAUCAGCAUCUUUAGUGAAGACGAUGACACAUAUUUGUACAAGUGAAAAUGUCCAGAUCUAAUCAACUUUCCCAGAAAGAGAAAGAAAAUGUCACAAUUUUUCAGUAUAUUCUCAACAAACUAAAGACACCCAAUGAGACUUUACAGAUUAUGUAUAUAAUAAGACAACAAUUACGGAUAUAGCAGGUCAAAUUAUUAAAAGACAAAUCUGUACAUACUAGUUUAUCUUUUGUCUGAUGACUGGAUCUAGAUUGAAUCUGAAGAAUCUUUCACAUUUUCGCGCUGAUUUUGGGUGAAAUUAAGCAUAUUAAACUUGUUACACAGUGCUAAGAGUACCUCAAUCUUAUUGGUAGCUGAAAGCAAAUCAAAUUAGCCAGAAUAUUGAAUGUUCCAAUUCUUCAACAUUCUGUGGAGUUUGAAAAUCAUGUCUUCAUGCUAAUAACACAGUGACCAAAUAAAGUGAAUAAAACAAAGUCACAUUACAUAUUUGGUCUGUUUAACACAAGACAAUAAUUUAUUUUGUUUUGCAAGUCUGUGGCUUUUUAGUGCUACAAUUCAAGGGGGUAUUUAAUGUACAUUUCAUUCAAAUCAGAUUUGUUCAAGUGUAUAACAGAUAUUUUUUCUGCAUGUUUAAUGUUUUAAU